AUGGCAUCGUCGUCCUCACCCUCGAACUCGACCGCGCUUACCAAGCGCUCCGCCGACACCGCCCUCAUGCCGCCGCCACAGCAGCCCCCGGCGAAGCGGAUCAAGCGCCCGCCCAGGAUCAUCGACGAAGACACGUACACGAAUGCUCUGGAACAUAUUGUCGCGCGCGACUUCUACCCCGGCCUGCUCGAAUUGCGCGCCCAGCGCGAGUACAUGGCCGCUGUCGACAGCCAUGACAAAGCUUGGAUCAGGGACGCUGCCCAUCGCCUCACCGACGUCAUGACACCCUUGCCGGACGGACGCCGGAGGUUCGGAAGGAGGGGCGUGAGCAUGACGCCAACAGCUACACCACGGCUCGUGGGCAGGGCGGCCGAGACGCCGAGGGGUUGGGGAGGGGAGACGCCGCGGACCCCAGCCGCCGCGAGCAAGGACGCCGAAACCGAAGAGGGAAAAGAGGAGCGCGAGGACGAGGAGAGGAAAGAGCGCGAGCGCAACGAGAUGCGCGGCAUGAGCCUGAAUGCUUUCCAGGCCAAGUACACGUCCGAGGACAACGAGAGCUUCAACGCGCUGCUGGACCGCCAGAACACGAAGCGCGCGCAGAAGCACGCGUUCCUAUGGCAGGGAAACAAGAUCGCGACGGGCCGCCAGAUUGCCUACCGCGAGCGCGAGGCGAAGCUGCUCAAGGCCGAGGCCGAGGACCAAGAAGACAUCCGCAACAACGACCGCGCCCUGGUGCGCCGCGACCCGGAGAGGGAGCGAGACGGCGACACGCGCCCGGCCAUGGUCGAUCACCGCCCUUCGGCGCCUCGGAACUCGCUCAUGUUCGCCCCGGAGUCCAUCGAGGACACGCACGAGACGGUGGCGCAAGCCGCCCAGGCCGCCUCGACCGCCCCACCCAAGGCCAUCGUCUACAACAACACGCGCCUUCCCGCUCCUGCUGCCGCUGCGGGCUCGGCGGACAGCGUGCCCCCGUCCCCCUCGCUCUCCGCCGUCAACGACGCCAUCCGCGGCCGCCCCAGGCGGACCGAGUCCGAGGUUGGCGGCAGCAGCGUGUACGCGGGCAGCGAGACGCCGCGCGUCAACGGGUGGUCGUUCGUCGAUGAGGAUGAUCCGGAGCCCGAGCUCGAUGGCUCGCUGCUCCGACGCCUGGGUAUCACCGCGGAGGCGGAUGGCGGCCGGCCCAACCCGUUCACCAUCCACCAUGCGAGCAAGCGCGAAGCGCUGCACCACAGGCUCGUUGACAAGAGCUCGAAGGCAAAGAGAGAGGGCGGCGGUGCCACUCCCGUCACUGCUACUACUGCUACCGGCGCUGGCGGUGGUAUUGGAAGGAUCGCGGCUUUGAAAGGGGAGGCCGGUGGUGCAGAGAAGACACCGACGCCCAAGUUCGCGAGCAGCCCGGUUCUGACGAGGAAGAACGGCGGCGGUGGUGGUAUCGCAGCUCGGGCUCGCGGCAACCUGACGCCGGCGGCCCAGCGACUCUUUGCUAAGGUGGGCGGAACGCCGAGGAGGGACGGAUUGGCUGGAUUCGGCGCGUUUAAUGGAUCAUCGACGCCGGCGAGGAAGGGGGAGAAUACCAGAGACAAAGUGAGGUGGACGCCCACGCCAAGGGUGAAGAGGACGACGGGAUGA